AUGAUCCCACCCGAACCACCCAAACACACCUACGCAUCCACUCACCCACACCCUGAUCAUAUUGAUAUCCCACAUACAGAGGGACCACCGGCACCGGCGACAGAUGAUUUGUUAGAGUCACCACCUUUGGUAUCCAGUGCGGAUAGGCCACCGCCUUCUAGGGGGAUCCUGAAGAAUCCCCUCAGAAGGGGUAGCGGGAUGGGGGAGGAGGGGAUGGUGGUGGAUAAUCACCUACAAUGGGACGAAGCAAACAUCGCAUUGACCGAGAUACAGAAGGAUUCGUUGAUGAAAAUCACCGAACCCAAAACACCCUAUGUACGAUACGAUGCUGAGAACGAUCGAGUAUUGGACAAUGACAUCCCAAACUUCGACCUCGAGCAUGAUCAAGCUCCUAAAUCACCUAACACACCUCUUGAUCCAGGACGGGGAAGCUUCCCAGGCACACCCAACUCAACCGCCGAAAACACCCUCUUCAACUCCCAAGCUCAACAACCUCAAGACGAAGUACCUCGACGACCAUCCGUGUCCAGUAGUUCCUCGCGAUCAGCUUCGUUCUCCUUACCUACUCGCGACAGACCCAUUCGACCCGGUGGAAAACCCAAUAUUCCCGGACCGGAGGCAUUGGGAGCGACAGCCGCUAAUACCGCUGCCAACUCCGGUGAGGUAUUCAGCGAUAGCGAAGAUGAGAUGGAUGAAGAGCAAAAAGCGAAACAUAAGGAAUUCGCUAAAAAGAGAAAUAACCAUUAUUCAAAAGAGGCUGCUUUCGCUAUGAAAAAGGCUAGGGAGCUGUUACGGAAGGAAGAAGACGAUGAACAAGAAGAGGAAGGAGGUGUUAAUGGUGUCGCUAAUGGGAAGAUGGACAUCGAUGGUUAG